UGGAUAAAUACCAAAAAUAACCACAAUGAUGCACAUCUAUGCUCUGCUCGUACUGCUGAGCUAAACCGUCAUAGGAACAACAGGAAGCCUAACAGUGGAACACACGUGUUUUCGUGUCGGUAAAAAGGAACAACAGAACUCCAUGACAAUCAGAUAAUCCCGACGGCCGAGGCUUCGUCCUGGAGAUCCAGCUCCAGAUCCAGCUCCAGAUCCAGCUUGGGGAGGAUGGAACGGGCCAUGGAGCAGCUGAACGUCCAGCUGAGCCGGCUCACCCGCUCCCUGCGCCGGGCCAGGACCGUGGAGCUGCCUGAAGACAAUGAGACUGCGGUGUACACACUGAUGCCGAUGGUCAUGGCCGACCAGCACCGGUCAGUGUCAGAGUUGCUGCUCAACUCCAAGUUUGAUGUGAACUAUGCCUUUGGACGCGUGAAAAGAAGUUUACUACACAUUGCUGCCAAUUGUGGGUCAGUGGAGUGUUUGGUUCUUCUGCUGAAGAGAGGAGCCAACCCAAACUACCAGGACAUUUCAGGCUGUACCCCCCUUCAUUUGGCUGCCAGAAAUGGACAGAAGAAAUGUAUGGGUAAACUUUUGGAAUUCAAUGCUGAUGUAAAUAUCUGCAACAACGAGGGACUUACUGCUAUCCACUGGUUAGCAGUGAAUGGGAGAACAGAACUCCUGCACGAUCUGGUCCAGCAUGUGACCAACGUGGACGUGGAAGACGCCAUGGGCCAGACUGCUCUUCAUGUGGCCUGUCAGAACGGCCACAAAACGACGGUGUUAUGUCUCUUGGAUAGUGGAGCCGACAUCAAUCGGCCAAAUGUCUCUGGAGCUACACCUCUUUAUUUUGCCUGCAGUCACGGCCAAAGAGACACAGCACAGAUCUUGCUCUCUCGAGGUGCCAAAUACCUCGCUGACAGGAAUGGAAUCACUCCACUUGAUCUCUGUGUACAGGGUGGAUAUGGAGAAACUUGUGAAAUUCUCAUUCAGCACCACAGCAGACUGUUCCAGACGCUCGUUCAAAUGACUCAGAAUGACGAUAUUAAAGAAAACAUGCUCCGGCAGGUUCUGGAGCACGUCUCUCAGCAGAGUGACGGUAGUUACCAGAAGAUCUUAUCUAGUCUUGCGGAAGUGGCUACCACCAAUGGGCACAAACUCCUCAGCCUGUCUAGUAGCUAUGAAGCUCAGAUGAAGAGUCUCUUGAGAAUUGUUCGUAUUUUCUGCCAUGUGUUCCACUUGGGGCCCUCCUCGCCCAGCAAUGGCAACGGCUUGGGCUACAAUGGCAACAAAACCCCUCGCAGCCAGGUCUUUAAGCCUCUGGAGCUGCUCUGGCACUCGCUGGAAGAGUGGCUGGUGCUCAUAUCCACAGAGCUGGAGAAGGAUCUGAAGAACCCGUCCUCCUCGGGUAGUGAGAUAGCCUCCCUGCUUCUCAAACAGUGUGAGUCCGAGCACUUUGGAGCAACGCCGAAGCUUUCCUCCCUGCUGGACCGUCAGAUCGCCAUGGAGGUGGAGGCAUACGCCGACAGGGAGGACGUGGUCUCCAUGACAGCCAGUCGUCUCAGCGCCGUUAUCCAGGCCUUCUACAUGUGCUGCUCAUGUCAGAUGCCACAAGGAAUGACGUCGCCCCACUUCAUAGAGUUCGUCUGCAAGCAUGACGAGGUGCUCAAGUGUUUUGUAACCAGAAAUCCAAAGAUCAUUUUUAACCACUUCCACUUUCUUCUGGAGUGCCCGGAGUUGAUGUCACGAUUUAUGCAUAUCAUUAAGGGCCAGCCAUUCAAGGAUCGCUCCGAGUGGUUCUACGAGCAUCUACUGGCUGGCCAGCCGGACUCAGAGAUGGUUCACCGUCCAGUCAAUGAAAACGACAUCCUGCUCAUCCACAGGGACUCUAUAUUUAGGAGUAGUUGCGAGAUGGUUUCUAAGUCCACCAAUGAGAAACUGAAGCAGGGCAUCGCUGUUCGCUUCCAUGGCGAGGAGGGCAUGGGCCAGGGUGUGGUUCGGGAGUGGUUCGACGUCCUCUCCAACGAGAUCAUUAACCCAGACUACGCUCUCUUCACUCAGUCAGCUGAUGGCACGACCUUUCAGCCUAACAGCAACUCUUCAGUGAACCCAGACCACCUGAACUACUUCCGGUUUGCGGGUCAGGUUCUGGGUCUGGCUCUGUACCACCGGCAGCUGGUCAACAUCUACUUCACCCGCUCCUUCUACAAGCACAUUCUGGGCAUCCCAGUUAAUUACCAGGACGUGUCGUCCAUUGAUCCAGAGUAUGCUAAGAAUCUACAGUGGAUCUUGGACAACGACAUCAGUGAUCUGGGUCUGGAGCUCACCUUCUCCGUAGAAACAGACGUGUUUGGGGCGAUGGAGGAAGUGCCGCUGAAACCUGGGGGGAUCAGCAUCCUGGUCACGCAGGACAACAAGGCCGAGUACGUACAGUUGGUGACGGAGCUGAGGAUGACACGAGCCAUCCAACCUCAGAUAAAUGCCUUCUUGCAAGGAUUUCACACUUUCAUCCCUCCCUCACUCAUUCAGCUUUUUGACGAAUAUGAAUUGGAACUCCUGCUCUCAGGGAUGCCAGAGAUUGAUGUGGAGGACUGGUGCAGGAACACUGAGUAUACUGGUGGUUACAGUUACCUGGAGCCACUCAUCCAGUGGUUCUGGGAGGUGGUGAGAAGCCUGACACAAGAAGAGCACGUUCUACUGCUGCAGUUCGUCACUGGAAGUUCCAGGGUUCCUCAUGGUGGUUUUGCCUUCCUGAUUGGUGGCAGUGGUUUACAGAAGUUCACUAUUGCCGCAGUGCCAUACACCUCCAACCUGCUGCCUACCUCCAGUACCUGUAUCAACAUGCUGAAACUCCCAGAAUACCCGAGCAAAGACGUGCUGAGAGACCGGCUGCUGGUCGCACUGCAUUGUGGGAGCUACGGGUACACCAUGGCCUAGUAGUGAGACAAUCAUCACUCUCCUGUUCCUGAGGCUCUCCGGAUCUCCUGUUCCUGUGAGACUCUCCGGAUCUCCUGUUCCUGUGAAUCUCUCCGGAUCUCCUGUUCCUGUGAAUCUCUCCGGAUCUCCUGUUCCUGUGAGACUCUCCGGAUCUCCUGUUCCUGUGAAUCUCUCCGGAUCUCCUG